GAUUGGCUAUUUUACUUGGAACGAGUACGUACGAAUGCUAAUUCAUAGACAUAGGUACGGAAUUCAAAGUCCUAACUUACGUUUAUAUAGUUUCGGAUGUACUUUAUUCGGAUAAAAAACAAGUGCUAUAUAAUAAUGAUGGAUGUGACCAAUAUUCAAGUUUAAUUGUCCUUUUGUGCCAAGGAUAAACACAGGUUGACAAUUUCCGUUUUUGGCCUACACAUGCAAGACCUGUACAUUGUUUGUAACAUAAAGACAAAUUGAAGAAUCAAAUUAUCAUGUGUACCAUAUAAUUGGAUUCAUCAGAAUUCAAUGUAACCGGGAGGUAAUGUGCAUUGUUUACUCAUUUGAAAGUGAUGAACAGUUUUAUAUGUAUUAGGAAAGAAUACAUCGUUAAAUGGAAUUCCGAACAUUAAGUAUCGGCUUUAGACAUGUACAUGCAAUCUGAUAAUUAUAUCUAGACAUACAAUUGACUUCAUUUUGUGAGUGAUUAUUACAAGUUCAUCUACGGAUGUAUAUUCAUAUAUAUAUAUUUAUAUAUAUAAUACAUACAUCAAUAAUCAUGUGUAAAAAGGAUCAAGCGAUUUUUGAUUUGUGCUAUUAUAGUAGAGACUUUCAGGAAAGAGUCAAAGAAAAAAAGGCAGAAAAGCUGGGAAGAAAAUAUAAUAAAGGGAAUGGGUCACCAGGCAUAAAGAGUGAUCCAAAGUUUGUUCCACCAAGGCUGGCUAAUUAUAUUACUAUUAGCACGGGACCCGAUUUGAAGCGAAAACUUGAUAAUUCACAAUGUUGUCUUGAAUCAAUAUGGGAUAUGCCAGGAGUUUCAUGUCAUAUAGAAUCACAAUGGGAUAAGGAGAUAAACUCCACACAGCAUGUCAGUCGAAGUUCCUUGAAAGGAAAACGUGUUGCGAGAGGCACAGACAAUCAUGACUUUACAGAAGGAGAAAACAGCAAGAAAUACAACAGAAUGAAGAACUAUAAUCCUAUGGAUGCUCAAUCUGGGAUAAAAAGAGAUUUGAGCCUAGCAGUCCCAAGAAAUGUUUUAUUGAUUAUAGGGCCGGAAAGACAUCACAUUGAUGAAUCAAUGAAGGAUGUAAAACAAGGUCACGAACAUAAGAAUUCAAAACAGUUGUCUGAAAGUAGUUUUGAUGAAAAACAGCUGAAAAAUAAAGUCAAUGAGUUGAUAAAAGAAACUCAUAACAUAGAAGAAGGGCUGCGGAAGAAAUUGAGGCUUGAAUAUGACCAUCUUUUAAGUCAAGAUGUAAAUGAGAAGAUGGCUGAUGUAAACACUUUCCUCUCACCACAGGUGCCAGAGACAUAUAUACAAAUGUUGAUAAAAGGAUGCAAGGUACUCCAGACCAUGGCAGAUCAGCAUAAAGCUCUUGAGCCUGAACAAGGUUCACCUUAUGGACUCGAAAAACUCAGUGUCAAUGAAGAAGUAACCUGUAGCCCAAAGAGACUGUACAAAGUUGAGAUUGACCGUAGUGAAAAUUCAUCUACGAAUAGCAUUGAGACAGAGCAUAACAGUGGAAAAAAUGAGAAACUAUUAAGGCUCUCAGUUGUAGAUGUCCAGAGUGUUCUUGAUCAAGGACAUGUGAAGGAUAGAGAUUCGGAAAAGCAAAAGAAAUUUGUUGGGAAUAAAGAACAUGAAGAUACAGAUCAAUUCCAUCAUGUUGUUAAGCAGAUUUCAAGCUCACAAACCGAACAUAUUAAAUCUGAGACUAGCAUACAAGUCUUAACAUUGAACGAAGUAAUUGACAGGCUAUCCAGAGGUGAACGAGUGAAUCCGAAGGAGAGCAUGAAAUACGAAACUCUGCGACUCUGCACUUUCCGUACAUACCCGUCGCUAGGCAAGCCUUCAGCUAUGAAAUUUGCAGGGGCAGGAUUCUAUUAUGCAUCAAACGCUGAUGAAGUAAUAUGCUAUGUUUGCGCAAAACGCAUAAGCAACUGGCGUGAAAAUGAUGAUCCGAUGGCUGCACAUAAAAGAAUCACGCCCGAAUGUAAAUUUCAUACAAACAACAGUGAGGUUAAUAUUAAAACAGAAACUGGUCAGUCAGAGUUGUAUGCAAGAAUUUCUUCAGUUGUUGAAAACUUGAGCACUGCUGGAAGAACCAAUACGGGAACAGGUGCGUCGAAUGCCAGAGAUGAAACACAAGAUGUUGGCCCCUUGCCAACCCCAGCAAAGGAAGAACAUGAUAAUAUUACUGUUGUCAGUGACAACAUGCGUAAAGAAAAUGAUGGAUCAGUCAAACAUGACGGCAAAAGUGCGAAAACAAGUAAUGAUCUUGAAAAGGACUGUGAAUUAAGUGUAAAUCAAAGAGGAUCUGACCACCGCAUGAAUGGUGCUUUCGCAUUUGUUGACACUCCAAAACAGCCAUCUUCCCUUCCAUGGAGUUCAUCUGAAGUUAAAGAACCUGCAAAAUUUGAGUCUUUGCCUCAGUGGACAAAUGAGUCGAAUCAAAGACCAGAUGUUGGAAACAGAAACAUUGCCAACAUGAAGACACCUGCAGUAGCUGUUGUUGUUAAGAAAGUUGAAAACCAGACAGGAGUGAUGGUUUCGUCACUGGUGGACAUUCCCGAGGUGGACACCACCCCUUACCAACCUACAGAUGAUGACCAGCCACAAGCAGAAAAUAUGCAGGGUGCGGAUCAUGGCAGGGAUCCCACAAACACACAGUCAUCCAAUGUUUCCCACGACAAUCAAUCCAGCGGCUCUAGUGAGUCAGUUAAGAAUAAUUCCAGCCAAUACCACAAUAGCAGUACUGCAGAAACAGAGCGUCAAACUUCUACCCCAAAUUCGCGCCGCAUUCGCAGAGGGCCUGGGGAGGAUAGAAACAAUGGAAUGUUUGGGUCACAAAACCAGAGCUCUCUGGCAGCACAAACAAACUCUGCCACCUCAGAAACAUCUCAUGCUCUGCCCCUGGAGGUACGAAAGUUCCUUCCCAAAUACGCCCGAUAUGCGACUGUGACAGCUCGGGAGAGCAGCUUUAACACGUGUCCAGAGAUCCAUGUGUCCCCUCAUGUUCUAGCAGAGGCCGGCUUCUUCUAUGCCGGGACAGCGGACUGCUCCCGCUGCUUUCACUGCGGGAUAGGGCUUCGACACUGGUCACGGGAAGACGACCCAUGGACGGAGCAUGCAAGGUUUUCACUGGAAUGUCAGUAUGUCAUCGCCCACAAGGGCAUGGAGUUUAUCAACCUCGUUAAACUGGCUUUGGAUCUCACAGAAGAGAGCUCUGAAGACACCGACAGACAGAUGCCUGGAAAUCAGGAUGAGACAUCAUCAUCUACAGCAACAACAACAACAACAACAGAAGAAACAGCCCAAAACACGACAGUUGAACCGAACAGGUCCACUGAUGUUCUCUCCACGGGAGCUGCCCAGAGUGUGCUUCAGAUGGGUUACAGUGAAACUAUGGUGCGGCAAGCCAUCACACGCUGUGAGGGAAAAUAUGGACUUGCUGGCCUUACUGGGGAAAAUAUCAUGGAGGAAGUGUUUGCUAUUGAAGAAGGGACAAGUGAGUCAACAGAGAUACCAAUUGAAAGUGCAACAAACACAUCAUCAACCACAACAGAUACGAGGUCUUCAAGCACGCCUGCCUCUGAAGACAGAAACUCCGUUUCUCCAAUGACAUCUCUGCCACCAAGCGCCCACAUGGGCCACUCCGCACCUAUUCAAGGCAAUCUUCUCUCCUUGCCGGUCACACGACAUGCUAUUUCUGAGGAGGUACCAAGUACCAAAGAGGCAGAGUCAGAUGGCUCUCGUAUUGACCAUAGGCGCAGACUGGUUAUGGAGAACAAGAACAUGAAGAAGGACAACCUGUGCUCCAAGUGCAAGCAGCGGGAUAUCUGCAUCGUAUUUCUUCCGUGUGGCCACUUAAUUACAUGCGAGGCAUGUGGUAACACGUUGAGGCAAUGUUUUUCCUGUGGAGCCCGUGUGCGUGGCACCGUGCGCACGUAUCGAGCAUGAGCAUAUAAUUUGACAACUAUUGUUAGUUAUUCUCACUAUUAUGUUGUCAAGAAGCUCAGCAUAUACUUAAGUUCACCGCCAUAUUUUUAAUCUAGUUCAAAAGAUCAGCACCAAAUACAAAUAACGUUUUGUUUGUCGGUAUUUUUUAGCCAAAUCUGCUAAAGCUGCGCUUUUUAUAAAGCUACAUUUUUAUUUGUCACUGGUAGGAAAAUAUAGACUCCAGUAAAAAGUUACAAGUGUAUUUUGAGCAUUAUUGAAAAAAAAAGAUCUUCAAACAUGUGAAAGGCAGUAUUCCAUCAAACAUGAAACAUGAAAAUAGUAUAUCACAAGACAACCAUUUCUGAGUUUAAAACAUACUCAUGACCUGGACAUGGGGAAAAGCGUCAUAUCACUUGCAGACUGUUGCUUAUUUUGAUAGAUCCUGGCCAAACUCCUUCUGCAAGCAACCGCAACUCCUUCGCGUUGAGAGGGAGGAGAGAACUUUGUUAAAGCACAAAGACUGUGUUAUUGAGUGUGAAAUUGACACUAUGUACAACUCCGUCUUUGAUGUUGAACAUUUUUAAAAUUUGCUACCUACAGCAAUGGCUACCAAGGCAGGUCGGAAAGCAAAGUUUUAAUGCAUCUAGACGAAAAAGAGAAAAUCAGAAGUGAAAUAUGUACAUUGUGUGAUGGAUUAUUUAAUUAAACUUCACAAUUCCAGUUCUUAAAUGAGAGUUUGGGUUGUUCCUCAUGCUGCAUCCACUUUUUGACGUGUUGAUUACAGUCAAAUAUAUGCCGGUUAUGCAUAUUCUUGAUGCGCUUAAUUGUAUUAGUGUAGUUAAGUGUAAACUUAUAUGAUGGAGACCUUCCAAAGUUUUAUCGUACCUGUAAAUAUUUAUGAACAUAACAGGAGUUAUUUUCAGAAAGGCGUUAAAGUUGGUAGUUAUUGAAACUAAAAUGAUGCUUAAUUUUGUACAUUAUUUUAUCAUCCAAUCAUCAUCAUGUGAUUUUCGUAAAUACAUAUAUACUACUUUUACUAUUAAAAGUAUUUGGCUGAUUAUAAAGUUAGCAAGACUUGAUAUUGACAUUCAACUGACAUUCAUAAAUAUUGACUAACGUUCAAUUUUAAAUAAAUGAUUUCCAGCUAUGUGUUUAUGUACCUUUCUGAUUGUACUAAAUGGACCAUUAACAUCAUUGAGAUAAAGGAGUAACAUAAUUAAGAAUACUUGCUCUUCUUAUGUCCUAUAUUGAAUAUUGUGCCAUUUUGUAUUAUUGUUGUACUUUGUAAUUGUUAACAAUAUGCUUUCAUUUUUCUUGUAAUUAUUGGGAAGAACAACAUUUAAAGAAACAUUUUUUGAGGAGAAACUGGUAUUUGAUCGCAUUGUGGCAUUCAUACGGUAUAUUAAAGGCUACCUUGAAAUUAGAAACUAAUCUUAAAUAUCCUUGGGAUCAAAUUUUUCAUAUAUUUGUAGCAUUUAACGGAAUAAGUAAUUAUUUUAAAGUGCACAUUAUGGAUAAUUAUUGGUCAUAAUAAGUAUUAAAGGAAAUAUUUUGACAUCUAUAAUAUUAAAAUAAUAUGCCAGGACAUCUAAAGUCUGUAAAAGUUCAUGUCAUUUUCAUAAAUGAGAACAUCUAAACAUGUCUGAUGGUCGAAGAAAACAAUUUAAGAUAUUGUCAUUGUCUAUGUCCCCAGCCUCAUGUGAAAACGUUUGACAUCGGCCAUAAAUCCUAAACCAUCUAAGAUAUUAAAACAAAAUGCACAUAGGGGCCAAGGGCCAUAAAUAUGUUGGGUUAAGUGAUGCCCCUUGUGAAAAAGCAGACAAGCGUUGGCAUGUACUGCUCUGCACACUUACUAUGCUGAUAUUAUACAUUCUGAAGAAAAAUUUGUGAUAAAGGAUAUAUGUUGGAAAACUAUCUUUACUGUGAUAUCUUUACAAUUACAAUGUUCACCUAAUAUGUUGAAAAUAUUCAUACUAAUCCGGCAAACUUUGAAAUUUUUUAUUACAUGAUGCUUGCUUAAAUCUUAUACAUGCUUUGAAUUUAAUAUCAUACUAUAUAUCUAUAUCUGAGGUUAUGAUUAUGAACAUUGUCAAGUCUUAGUUCAUACUCAAGCGGCAAAACUGCAAGUACUCAGUUCUUUGUAACUUUCCUUCUUGUCGAUGGUGAAAUUUGCUGAAUAUUUUUACUAUUCAAAUUAAGCAAUUAUUCACAUUCAUAUUUUUAUAAUAAAUGGAAUAGAGACCAUUUUUUUCAAUUUGAUAAAGUGCUUUUCUGAGCCUUUCACGUAGUUAAGACUUAGACUUUUCAUAAUCAUGGCCCUGAAGUUAACCUUUUUUAAUGCAGUGGAUUUUAUUAAGUAUCAUCACUAUAAUACAUGUGGUUAAAAUUAUAUUCAAUCAUAGGUAUGUGUUCCUUCAUUAUUAUUUGAUCACUGGCUGAAUUUGUUUUAAAGCUUUUCAUGUCAGUUUUCAUGUUGUCGCUUAAAAUUAUUAUUUGUGUAAAACUUAAACAUAUAUUACAUUUAUUGAAUAUAUUCAACAGUCAAAACGACAAAUCUACCAACAGGGGAAAUAUUAUUACGGUUUACAUGCUAAUGAAAAAUAACUUUUGGUGCUCCCUGGUGUUAAAGAUUAUUAUCUAACACUCAAGCAAACUGUUAUCCUCUAUAUACAUGCUCAAUCUUAUCUUACUUUUUAUCUCAUGAUUAUCUUCAGUAUUAUCACUAAAAAUGAUGUGUUUAAUUACACAUGUUCAUGAUUGUAUUUAUGAUCUCCCAAUAGUAUGUAACAUUUUUAACAUUUGUCUGUUUCUAAAUUUGUAUGCUUUAAGCAGUAAAAUAUUCAUGUCACUUCACCGACAACAUUACCCUAUUUCAAAUGUAUCUUAGUCCAUUGUGUUUGUUCCUUGUUGUAAAUAUUUGUCUCCAUUCAUUUUGUUUGUUCAUUAAUGUAAAAAUUUGAUAAUGUUGUUGCUUUGUCAUAUACACAUGCUUGUAAAUAUAAUAAAAAUAUUACCAGUUAUCAAUAAUUAGGUUACACAUUAUAUAGAUUAACAUUUAUUUAGUUUAGUUUAAACAGUAUCUAUUUCAAAUUUACAGAUACAAAGUAUUUUAACAACAAUACAGCGAACAAAGAUUGGAAAACAAGUUACUAAAAACUUAUGUAAAUUUCUUUCCUAUUUGUAUUUGAAAAAGAGACGCAUCUCCAUUCAUUUUUUUAGACAUUUUUGUUCAUAAUAUUUAAAUUAUAAUGUGUUAAUAUUUUCUAUUUAGCUCCAUGGUUAAUUUGUAAUUUGUAAUUGUUACUGCUCUUUGUAUACAUUGUAUGUAACGUUUAUUCUAUAAAUAACGGGGUUGUCAUGAUAUUUUACAGCUUCAAAAAGGUGAAAAAAAGGCUUAAUUAAUGACAAUUAAAAAAAUGAAGUUGUUGUCAUGGUAUGACAACUGCAAAAAAAUGAAAAUAAACAAAUGCUUCAUAAAUGAUAAUAAGAAAAUAAAGGGGUGCUCAUUUUAUGAUAGCUCCAAAAAAAAUGACAGUAAAGAGGGUUUCAUUAAUGAAAAGACUAUUUUUUAAGUGUUCAUUAUUCAAUUUUCUUAAUAUUCCUUUCAUCUGAAUAUGAUGUUUUCGGCCAUUAUACCUGGUUUUUAUUGUAUAUAUAUUGUUGAUUUUACCUGUAUGGUUUGAGUUAUAAUUGCAUUCACAUUGUUCCUUGUUUUUUUUGUCUUUAACAUUGUCUUUUUGUAUUCUCUUGUUUAUCCUCUUGUAGUAUAUAGGCAUUUGGCGGUCAGAAUUAUUUGUGCACUCAUGUUUGACUAUUAAAUUAUUUACUUGCAUAAAUGUUCGAUAUUUAUAUAAUUUAACCAAAUUGUCCAUUAUAGGUGCCAGAAGAUCUUAUCAGCUUAUUGUUUUACGAUGCACAUGGGUUAUUUUUGCCAUUAACGGCUAAAAUGCUUAUAUUAAGUGUGGAUGUCAUUGGAGUCAUAUAAAACAUUUUUGGUAUUGCUGUGAAAUGAGUUUUAUUUUUAUAAUUUCUUCUAUGAACAUUUACCGAACAUUAUAUAUUUUCUAAACUUAUAAUCCUUAAUCAGACAGCUAUAUUAUUGUCAAGUAUGUACAUGUGUAAAAGUCUGUGAUUGUUAAUGCUCAGUAUAGUCAAAUAUCCGAGAUAGCAACUGUUUUUUUUUAUUUUAAACAUACAUAUUUUGUGCAAGCUUAUAACAAAACAUAAAAAUAAUGAUAUACCAUGCCAUCGGUUUGUUUACAAUUACCUGUUCAGCUUACUUCCAUGUUUCUAUUAUAGUCAUGUAGUAUUAUAGCAGCAGCAAAUGUACUAUGGUGUAAUAUUUUAAAGUCAGUCAAUAUAAAUGUAGACUUCGUAAAUUGCCUUAGUAUCUGGAUAAAAAUGCACUUUAAUCUGCACGGAAAAUGCACAUUGAUCUGCAACAAAAAUGCACAUACAAUUAUUAGUCUCAUUUAUCUCAUAUACAAUAUAUAUUGCCACUUAUGUUAUAUACCAUAUUUAGCCUGAAAGUCAUACUAAUUAUAUGCAAUAAGACAGUUUGGUUGUAAGUUUUGUCAAUGUUCUCCAUUAUAAUUUGAAAAUAAAUAAUAAAC